AUGAGCCUGGUGUAUGUUGAUGACAUUGUUUUUGGUUCUACAUCUAAAUAUCUUGUCAAUGAAUUUCAAUCUGUCAUGGAAAGUGAGUUUGAAAUGAGCAUGUGUGGUGAGCUAACCUUUUUCCUUGGACUGCAAGUAAAGCAACUUGAUUCAAGUAUAUUUCUCUCUCAAACCAAAUAUGCUGAAAAUCUCAUCAAGAAAUUUGGUCUUGAAUCCAAGAAAGUGGUUAACAAUCCUAUGAGCACCACUACCAAGUUGAGCGAAGAUCCACAUGGAAAAACAAUCGAUUCCACCCUCUAUAGAAGCAUGAUUGGGAGCUUGCUGUAUCUCACUGCCAGUCGACCUGACAUCUCUUACAGUGUGGGUGUUUGUGCUCGAUUUCAAGUUGACCCCAAAGAAUCACACUUGGAAGCUGUCAAGAGAAUCAUUCGUUAUGUGUCAGGUACAGUUAACUGUGGCAUUUUCUAUACCUUCGACACUAACGUGGAAAUUGCAGGAUAUUCAGAUGCUGACUGGGGAGGAAACCUCAAGGAUUGA